AUGUCUGCCAUGAAGAUAACAGGUGUCUUUGUGCUCCUCACCCUGGCAGUUCUUUGCCUGGCACAUGCUGCCAAAGAGAAUGAGGUGGACUGCAGCGAGUACAGGAGGUUAGAGAGAGGGAGACCCAUUUACUGCGAGAGGCUCUACCAACCCUUCUGUGGCUCUGAUGGGAAAACGUACAACAACAAGUGUUCUUUCUGCAAAGCAGUGCUGAGGAGCAGAGGAGCCUUACACAUGAGGCAAGCAGGAGUGUGCUGA